CUGGAUCACUGUGUCGUCUGUGAUUUCAGUUAUUUGUUGACAUGAUGAGGUACGUUCUGGGCCUAGUGGCACUGGUGGUUGUCUCAGUUUGUGCUGAGGAGGAGGCUUUGACUACUUCAGAGCUGAUUGAGAAAGCCAACAGGGAUGUUGUUCGUUCUCAAGACGAGCCCUACAUAGAGGAUGACGUCGCAUAUAGUGCUGAGAUGGAGAGAAAUGCUGAUCCCUGCACGUCUUACAGCUGCAUGUGGCCCAAAUCCAGCGAUGGAUAUGUCUAUGUACCCUACACCCUUUCCAGUGUGUACACCUCUCGUGAGGUGUCAGUCAUCGAGCGUGGUCUGGAGUCCUUCCAUUAUGUCUCUUGCAUCCGUUUUGUGAGACGCACCAGCCAGAGAGACUACCUGAAGAUUCAGGCCCUUAAUGGGUGCUACUCCUACAUUGGACGUCGUGUUGGUGGGCAGGAUCUGUCCCUGCAGCAGAAUGGCUGCGUUUAUCAUCAAACUGUUCAGCAUGAGGUGCUCCACGCUCUGGGCUUCCACCACGAGCAGAAACGCUCUGACCGUGACAAUUACAUCCGUAUUGUGCUGGAGAACGUCAUUUCGGGACAGGAGCACAACUUUGACAAAGUCAACACGCUGAAUCAGGGCACCACCUACGACUAUGGCUCUGUCAUGCAUUACAGCAAGUAUGCCUUCUCCAAGAACAACCUGCCCACCUUGGUGGCUAUCCCUGACUCUAGUGUUCAGUUCGGUAGUGCCACUGAGAUGAGUCAGAAGGACAUCAUCAGGCUCAACAACCUCUACAAGUGCUAAAGUUAGUGUCCGAUGUCUUUUUGAAUGACAGGAGGCCAAGAUGAUGCCUGGAACUUCUUCAUAAUAGAGAAUCUUCAUCACUGUCUUCAUUUAGUUCAACAGUAAAUGUCAAAUGUUUUCCUACAAUAAAGGUCCGUUUAAGCAUA